AUGUCUUCAACCCCCAAACGUUGGUUGGCCUCCGACAUGACCGAUGACGGUCACAUGUUUUUGCGUUGGGAGCAUGUUUGGGGAUUGAGGCUACUCCCUCCAGGCAUCAAUUUUAUAAAGAAACUAAGACCCUCGUUCGUAAUAUCUGUUUUGCUGAAGACCCUGUCCUUGAAUCACCACUGCAAACAACCGAAAGACAUCAAGAGCGCGAUGCAGGCACUCAGGAAUGGAAAGGCUUAUGCUGAGGUGGCAGCUGUCGGCCUGCUGAGGUCGAAAAUGCUUCCGCCCGGUGUCAGCAACCAACAGCUACUUCACGGGGUCGGCGGAGAAGACACAGAGCCACCACCACCGGAAGACAGCGAAGAUGAGUCCGACGAGCCAUCAAGACUGAGAAAGGCUGCCGAGUGGGUUCGCGAAAACCCCGGGACGACUGUUUGCUAUGGCGUGAGUGCAGCCAGUCUUGUCGUUUUGGCCGCACCAGCUCUCGUCGCUGCACCAGCCCUGGGACUUGCGGGCUUUGGCUCGCAGGGAAUAGUCGCCGGCUCUGCGGCAGCAGGCAUCCAGGCCGGAAUCGGGAACGUCGUGGCGCCGAGCCUAUUCGCUACCCUCCAGAGCGCCGGAGCGGCUGGCUACGGUGCCGCGGUCGUCAACGGAGCGAUACAGGCGGGCGCUGGGGUCUCUGCUACUGGGUUUGCGUGGUGGGGGGCAAAGAAGAAAGACUGUAAGAAAGACUGUGGAGAGAAUGGCAAGGAGGAAGAGGGAGGCGGGGAUAAGAAGCCAAGUGCCGAGCAGGACUAG